UUUUGUCUUUAAAAGAUACAGCAAAUCUAGUGUCUUUCUCGUUUGGUAAAAUGCAUUUUUAAGACCCAUUUUCUUUGUCUUAAAUUCCUUCAUAAACCCGUCGCCGUUAAAGAUUGGUUUCCGAUCAAAACACUCUCACUUGGCCGCCUGCAGAGGGUUUAUCAAUUUGGGGUUUUUUCCCUUCAUUUCCGUGCUAGGGUUAGGGUUUUCUGAGUAAAGUAAAGAACACAAGAUGCAGCAGCCACCGCAGAUGAUUCCAGUCAUGCCUUCGUAUCCACCCGCAAACAUUACCACUGAGCAGAUUCAGAAGUACCUUGAUGAAAAUAAAAAAUUAAUUUUGGCCAUCUUGGACAAUCAAAACCUUGGAAAACUUGCUGAAUGUGCCCAGUAUCAAGCCCAGCUGCAAAAGAAUUUGAUGUAUUUAGCAGCAAUAGCUGAUGCUCAACCACAGGCGCCAACAAUGCCUCCCCAGGUGUCACCACAUCCUGCAAUGCAACAAGGAGCAUAUUACAUGCAACAUCCUCAGGCAGCAGCAAUGGCUCAGCAGUCGGGCAUUUUCCCUCCAAAGAUGCCAUUACAAUUCAAUAAUCCUCAUCAAAUGCAGGAUCCUCAGCAGUUACACCAAGCAGCCAUUCAAGGGCAAAUGGGAAUGAGACCCAUGGGGGCCAACAAUGGCAUGCAUCCCAUGCAUACUGAGGCAGCUCAUGGGACCAGUGGCCCAUCUGCAACUGCAGGCUCUAAUGAUGUUCGUGGGGGAAACAAGCAGGAUGCCACUGAUGCUGGGGCAUCAGGUGCUGAUGGCCAAGGGAACUCAGCUGCUGGGCACACUGGCGCUGAUGGUGAGGAUGCAAAAUGACAUUGCUUCUGGGGUGGUUCUGAAUGGAAAUCUCUAGCUGUUGAUAGUAGUCAUUGCUUACAGAAGAACUGGUAUUGUUCUGUGAUCUCAAUAGGUUUGAACAAAGAAUUGGAUGUCUCUUGUUACUUUAUAAUUUUGACAGAUUAGGUAGGUGAGUUGGAAGAGUCUGGGUAAGCCCAUUAAUCAAAUGCAAACCAGCAGUGAGACUAAGACAGAUGUAGAUUGUAGAAGAGGUGGAAGUUUGUGGUCCCUAAUUGUGUGUCGAUCUGUAAUGGUUAUGUGAUUCGCAUUCUGGUCUCAAUUAGAAUUUCUCGUAUUGGUUGGUUAA